CGCAGCACCGCUGUACUCACUCCACUCAGAGCAGAAACUUUGCUACACAAUUGCUUCGAUAUGGCAUUCGCUGAGACAGCAUCGAGGAAGCUUCUGCAUGGCGCAGGCGGCGCUAUCGUGCGGGUCGUCGCCGCGGACGUUAACACCGUGCGCAUGAGCUUCGGCCCUGGCGACCUGUGGCAGCUCGUCGUGGGAUUACUCGGGAGCGUGGCACACCUGCUGGUCCUCCCGUUCGAGGUGCUCUGGCGCUUGCUGCAGACCGCCGCCGCCGGCGCGGCCCACUUGCUCCUCCUGCCGUUCGAGGCGCUCUGGCACCUGCUGCAGGCCACCGCCGCCAGCGCUGCCGCGGGCAUCAGCCUCUGCUUCAACGGCCUGUGGCAUCUCAUACACGGUCUCGUCGUCAACCUCGUGGCCACGGUGGGGAACGCAGCCCAUGUGCUCAUCGUGCCGUUCGAAGCGCUUUGCCGCUGGCUGCAGAUAGCCGCGGCCAGCGUGCAGGGCAUCUUCCCCAGCCUCCUCGCUGCGCUCUCCAGCGCCGCCCACAAGCUUGUCCUCCCGUUCGAGGCUUUCGGGCGGUGGAUACAAAGCAUCGUCGCCGAUGCAGCCGCCGGCAUCAGCAUCGGCCUGGACGGCUUUUGGCCGCUCGUCCGGCGCUCCUUCGCUAGCAUCCUCGCCACGCUCGCCGGCGCGGCUGACGAACUCGUCCCGGCCCUGGAGGCGUUCUGGCGGUGGAUCAAGACCACCGCCGCUGUCGCGCUCCCGUUCGUCCUGUGUAUCGUCCUAGUUGUUUCCCUCGUCGCCCUUGUCUGGUACUGCGGGCCGCUGCUGUCAGCCGCCGCCGCGAUGACGGGAGAGGCCCUGAUGUCCGCGGUCUUCCGCUUGCGCGCCCCCGCCUUGGGAAUCGCGAAGGCGCUCGUCCAGCUCGUCUGCUGGACCGCGCAUUACUUGCACGUCAUCGCCAUGGCGGUCGGACGGGCGCUCAGCAACCUCCUCCCGAUGUGCAGGUACUGCUGCCAGUGCUGCGCCAGCACCACCAUGAAAGCCCCGGGCGCCGCAGGAUUCCUCAUAUGGCGCGCCGCGUUCGUGGCGGACCCGAGGCUAUACUUCCAGAUCCUCCGGUCAGCUGGAUCCGUCGUGGCCUCAGCCAUAUUUUCUACCACAACCGUCGCGUCGGUCGUCGCUGCGCCGGUCGCCGCACUUUUCCGCGCCUAAUUUCAGUUUAUGUUUUACAUGUAAUUUGUGCCCUUGUAUACCAGGCGCGUACGUUCUGUGUUACCAUGAUCGGGUAUCGAUUUACUAUUACUCUUUA